UUUUCAAGCAAAAUGGCUUUUGUAAUAUUUUUAUUUGCACUCCACGGUGCGUGGCUAGUGUCCAGCCUGGUUGCAGCAGGAAACUCGUUUGCUGAAACAUUUCAAAUGGAAGAGUACCUCAAAUUUCCACCAGUGUUCGAAUACGACGACUUCGAGGAUUGCCGCCGAUGGUACCAGGAUGAGUACGUUUAUUGCAUCGUAAAGGCACCGCUAGCACCGGAUGAGUCAUCCGAUCUAUGGCGGAAUAUCAGUUAUUUUUCUAGUGAUUAUCACCACUACGAUCAUUCGGUGCUGGAGCGGGGCAUAUGCGUACCAAAGUGUCACGAUGCUAUCAUACAAAAUGCGACCGAAAGUGGAAUGGAUCGGCUUUCGCGCGAGCAAAUGAUUCAUCGCUGCAUAAGCGCAGAGAUAACGCCCAACUACAAUCUGAUUGUAUCGUCCGAACUGCGUAUUCAGCACUGUUACGCACGUGAUACAGAAAAUAUCCCCUAUGAUUGGCUCGAUGUGAUGUUUCUCGUACUAGCGGCCGCAAUAAUCGUACUCGUGGUAGCUUCCACCGUGUACGACCUACACCAGCAGGCCAAACAAAAGUUUCCCGAAGAUUACUUCACACGCAGCUCCAAGCAAGCCCAUCAGCGGCUUCUAACAGCGUUCUCAUUUCCUCGCAACAUCCGUAGACUGAAGGAACCAAUCCACACACAGACCCGAAUCGAUCUUGCAUGCUUCGAAGCGUUCCGCUUCGUACAAACGUUGCGUGUCAUCUUCUUGCACGUAACCAUUGCCCACCUGAAGAUCCCACAGCGUAAUCCCGAGUAUCUGGAACAGCUUCAGCAUGGUGCAUCGCUGCAAACGUUUAUCGCCGAGUUUCAAAACUACGUACAAACGUUCUUCACCAUCGGUGGUAUGCUGAUGACGAUCAACUUUCUCGAUCAUAUACGCAAACAUCCAACAUUCCGCCUGUCGUACUUUGGUGAGCGACUGCUGAAUCGACUUUGCCGAUUGGUUCCAACGUAUGCGUUCAUGAUUCUGCUCGAAGCAUCAGUUUUGCGGCACCUGAUCGAUGGACCGUUCGGGCAACAGUUUAUUGGCGAGUCGGCCGAAAACUGUCAACAGCGAUGGUGGAUGAACUUGCUGUUCGUCAACAACUAUAUCGGUUGGGAUAAUCCGUGCUUUAUACCAUCAUGGUACCUUGCAACAGAUCUGCAGCUGUUCAUCUUUGGCAUGAUGAUAAUGAUGAUUUUCUGGCGCUGGCCUUCCACCAGAAGAUACAUCUUUGGUGCAAUCUUCCUCUACAGCGUGAUCGUUCCUGCAGUGGCCUAUCUGAUGUCCAAUAUCACUCCCGUCAUGACGGUUGAUAUGAAGGACGCGGAACAGUACAUUCGGGGCCAAAACUUCCAGAGCGUACUCUACUUCCCAUUCCAUCAGAACACGGGAAUUUACUUCUUCGGCAUGCUUGCCGGCAUCGUUUAUCACCACUAUCGGGACCAAAGGAAGGAGCUGUUUAAGGUUGCUGCAUUCCGCCAGUUGGCUCAGUUCAGUGGACUUUUGUACGUGUUUUGCAUGGCCACCGUGUCCUGGGUGGUGUCGAAUCUAUCCUGGCUUCCCGCUAUCUGUCUUGCCGCGUACGCAAGCGCCUUCAAGCUGAGCUGGGGAUUGUUCAACACUGUGCUGCUGCUAGCGUUAGCUCUACUGCACCGAAACAACUGGAUCAAGAUGACGCUCAGCCAUCCGAUCUUUCGUGUGCUCGGCAAACUGGGCUACAGUGUGUAUCUCAUUCACUUUACCGUUAUAGUACAGGUUUAUGGUAGGGAAAAGGCGCCCAUCUUCAGCAACGAGCAGAUUGUUACAGGCUACACAGUUGAGGUGCUCUUUUUCAGCUAUAUCCUAGGAGCGUUUCUUUGCGUGCUGGUAGAGCUACCUACAGGGGUAGCACUUAAAGAGUUGAUUGAGCCUAGAGCACGGAAACCUUCCAUCAAUGAAGUCCACACGGCUUCGGAACCUAUCGGCACACAGGUAGCACCAUCGUCACCCACACUGGCUGGUGCACCGGAUGCCACCGUCAUGAAGAGCCCGGAUGAGAACCGAUAA